GAAAUGCUCCAUUCUCCUCGUCCUGAAUUUAGUCUAGUCUAGUCUCAACUUCUAACCAAGGAUUAGUCGGACGGAUUGUUGGUUAGUUGUAAGGUGGUGUUGGUUAGUUCGUCUGCGAGUUGGGAUAUAACCUCUCGGGUUGUAAUGGCGUUAUGUAUUCCUUGGUUAAGUGCGGUUUACUCGAUACUUUGGAUAAUUUUGUCAUGUAAUGAAGUUUCUUCUUCCACAAGAUGGUCCCACCCGUCGCUGCAGUACAGGAUAGAUGGCCAGUUGGAGGGGGUGCCACAUCUGUCUCUUAUGGACGCAGAUCCACACGUGGAGAGGCACAGGCGAUAUGUGCCAGACUCCCCUCUGGACGAGUACACGCGCCACAACAGGUUCCUCACCAACCCUAACCUGCAGGAUAACAUCCCUCCAAGCCGACAGACUAAGGACAUCAAGUUAUCAGAUGGCAAGAAUGGAGUUGUCCCACAGGCAGAUUUAUCGGAAAACUCGGCUGCUCGGAUAACACCUCCUCCACCCCCUCUCAGCUCAACUCCACCCACUCCCUCCUCUCCGCAGACCAUAUCGGCGAACAAUUCUGUUAUCGUUUCAGCUGAGUUCGGCAACGGUAUGACUGCAGAUGUGCGGCCAAGUGUUACUCCUACAGACGAUGACUUGGCAAUCAGCAAAUACACGGAUGAGAUGAUUCAGAGAACCAUGACCCAGAACAAUAUCACUGUCAAACAGGAGGAUCACCACGUCUACUACAACAGCACAUUCCUGAUAGACCACAAUAUCGGCCAGGCGUACUGGGUGGACAUGACCAAACGAGAUGAUGUUAAGAUCAACAACAUGCUGUCCAGAUCUCAUCGGAGGGCUGCAACGGUGAAGCUGUCAUUUGACUUUCCUUUUUAUGGUCACAUGGUGCGAAAUGUCACGAUAGCGACAGGAGGGUUCCUGUACACGGGCGAGUAUGUCCACUCCUGGCUCGCGGCCACACAGUACAUUGCCCCCCUCAUGGCUAACUUCGACACCAGCAUCAGCAAUGACUCCUUUAUAAAAUACGUUGAUAAUGGUACAGCAUUUACUGUGCAAUGGGAGAAGGUGGUGUUGCAAGACAAGCCGGAUAGUGGAGAAUUCACAUUCCAGGCAACUCUGCACGCUUCCGGAGACAUUGUGUUUGUCUACCAAAACGUACCGGUAAUCAUAGAGAAGAUCCAGGAUGAUCAGCAUCCUGUAAAAGUUGGUCUCUCCGAUGCCUACAUCAUUGAUAGAACUAUCUUUUUUGUAAGGAGAAAGACAAUUUAUGAAUACCACCGUGUGAACUUCAAGAAGGAAGAUAUCAAGAAUUGGACUGUGAUCUACUUGAAUGCUCUACCGACAUGCAUGGAGAAGAAGGACUGCUCAUCCUGCGUCUCUGCCCAGAUUGGUUUUGAAUGCAAGUGGUGUCCGGGAGCCAGACGCUGCUCGACGGGGAUGGAUCGUCAACGACAGGAUUGGCUGUUUAACGAUUGUGAAAGAAUGGAGGUGGUGAUGCCACUGCAGUGUGAUGAGCUCACCGCACAGACGGAGCAACAUCCCAGCGCUAGUGCUGCUGCAGCUGCUGCAUCUCCCGAAACUGAUAAACCCUCUGAAUGGAGGAGGACAGUGGCUCACGCUGAAGGUGUAGAACCGGGAGAGAUGCAAGAUGGAGGGGUGCGGAUGGGUGGCUCAGGCUACCUAGGAGCUGCCUUCAUCCUUGUUCUCAUAGCGGGGGUAGCCAUCUGGACUUUGUACGCUUACAGCAACCCUCACUCCUACUCCGGCCAAAUACUCAUUAACUACCGGCCAAGCCAGUGGAGGUGGCGUAGAGGCGAGGCUAGAUACACAGCAGCUACUAUACACAUGUGACAUUCCGAUAGCGGGAUCUUAAAUCUGCAUUAAAUCGAAUACAUUAUCAAAAUGACAUAGUGACUUGACGUAUCACUGUAUUUUUAAAUCUCUAAACAACAAAUGGCAUAAUUAUGAACAAAUAAUAAUAUCUUGUUAAUGUUAUUUUUAUUUCAACUCACGCCUUACUACUUCAUUUGUAUGGACAUUGCAUUUAUAAUUCGUAAAAUCGUGUAUACUUUUUGAAACAUUUUGUAUUUGAUAAUGUAUAUAGGAGAGGAGUGAAAUUAAAAUAAAAGCACUUGAAGACAAUGUAGACUUAUUGACUACUGAUAAACUGUAACUGUUGUUUAGUUGAGUUAUCAGUAUAGUUAUCUUAUUCUGUGAUCAAUAUUUUUGUUGUUAUGUUGCCUCUCUGAAUUUGUUGAAUCGAAUCAACUUUGUAUUGUUUUUUAAUGUACAUUGCAAAAAGAUGUUAACUUCUUAAUUGAUCUAAGUAGUUAUUAAUUUAGUUUAUCUAUAAUUAAGAAAUGUAUUUAAUCUUGUUAGAAUAGUUUUAGACUCGGAUCAAAAACAGAUUAGAAGAGUUCUCCUAAAUAUAUUGUAUAUAAUUUUAGCUAAUUUGUAUAAGUGUCAAAUGUGAAUUAGUUGUCUUCCGUUGCAAUAAAUAAUUUUAACAGUUUUAACUGAUUGUUUUGCACAAAUACCAGAAAUAAAUUUUUAACAAAGAAAUAGAGUUGAGAAAAAAGUCCUCAAUAUACUGCCAUUUUAAAAAGUGUUGUACAUAGAUUCAACUGACAUAUUAAUCCAGGGUAAAAAUGCUAUGCAACAUAAUAUUUCAGACUUUUAAGUAAUGUAUCCUUCCUAAAUUCUAUUAUCAAGUAAACCAUGCAUUAGUAAAUUUGAAGCAAAAUAUAAAAUUACUAAAGAUUACUUGAUUUAACUAAUUAUAGAGUGAUUUUUAAAUGAAUUUGAAUGAUGUUAUUAGUGUUUUUGCAUGUUAGUUAAUAAACUUAAAACAAAUAAUAUCCAUACUGCAUAAUUAUGAAGUUUAUGAAUGCUGAUGUCCAUUAUGUAGCAUAUCAUUAAAUAUUAAUCCAUAAAUAGCAAUUAAGAAUUUCUUACAGUCUGAAAAAUUCAUAAAAAGUAAAUGAUAUUAAAACAGGAAUUGUAAUUUACUAAUGAUUUACUUAAAUAUCAAGAAAUAUUUGUGACUAUUUUCAGGUGAAGAAGACAAAGCAUACUUUCCUUUAACAAGGCAAAAUUAUAAACAUAAAUAAAAGUAAAAACUAUAAUAUUAAUCAAUAGAUUAGUAUUUAUAUGUUUUAUUAUUGAAGUAGUAUUAAGAGUUAAAGGACAUAAUAAAAGGGGGUGUUUACAUAAUUUUUAUUUAUAUCGGUUUUAUACUUUAUGUACUGUCAUUAUUAUAAACGUAUAUGUUUUGGAAGAGAAGGAAACUCAGUUUUACUAAGUAUUUAUUAAAUAGCAGCAAAGUUCUUUUUAAUUCCUGACAUAGCUUAAGUAUUAUAUAAUUAUAGUGUAUUACAAAAUAUAAGUGAUUUUAAAUUUUGAUUAUAAUGUGAGUUUUACAAUUUCUUGUAAAGUCUAAUAAAAUGUUCUGAUUAGAUUUAAUUAACUAUUACAAUCUGUUUGUUUUAUAAUCUAAAUGUAAACACAUUUGUCUGGGAGUUGAAGGCCAAAAUACAUUAUGUAAACAUACAACUUAGCCGUAUGUGGUAUCAGUACAGGAUAUUUGUGGUGGUUGAAAUGGGAGGUCGUCAAAAGGGUUAAAAAUAUCAAACGAAACGUUUUUGUUUAAGGUUUGUUUAAUUUAACAUACACAAAUUAAAGAGUACUAUUUAGAGAGUAUACUAUUUAAGGAAUACUUAAAUCAGUUUCAAGCGAUAAGAUGUAGGGUGACUUUUUAACUGAAAAUUACUUUUAAAUCCCUUUAUCUCGUUUUUUGACAUUGGUUUAUGUGUUUUUUUUGGACUACCUUGCAUAUGGAAAAUUUUAAACACCUCUGUUAACCUGGUAGCUCGGAUAUUAGGACUUUUAAUUUAUAAUUAAAAUUGGCUUACAGCUCAUGGACUACAUGUUUAGGUGCCUUCUAUGGUGAUUUGAUGAAAAUUAAAUCAAGCACAAUUCUCUCAUCAGUGGAUCUGUAAUUAGAUAUAUACUCAUGUUCUAGUUCUUCUCUUCUUCCUCAUGUUAGUUCUUUUGUAUCCAAGAGAAAAAUUAUAGUAAAUACGCAAUAGCUUUGGCACAUGUUUUAUGUAUAAUUGUAACCAUUAACAUUAGUAUGCUCAAAUUUUCUUGGGUUCCAAAAGAAAUGAAAAAGCCUCAUUUUAUUACAUUAAGGGUUUUAUGGUUGUGUCACAAUAUAGUGCUGUCUCUCUUUUUUAUUGAAAUAUUUAAUUUCUAAUUUCAUCAGUAAAAAUGUAUAUUGGUUUAGUGUUGUUGAUGAGUUAUUAAAACUUUUUCUAUGAACUUUAUAUAUUUUACUGCCGAAUUCUCAUAUUUUGAAUCAUGAUCAAAAUAUUGUUAUGGUAGUAACAAUUAAGCCAAAUAGUGUUUCUCCUGUCCGACUUACAAAAGCCCAUCCCUUAGUUAUUUGUUUGUUUUAUACCUUUUUCUAUAAUCUGUUUGUUUGUUGGUUUUACUAUUUAACCUUGUCUAUACGUUUUACCAGGAUGGGGCUUUGAUUUAGAAUAACUGAAAUUCACUCUUGACCCUGAUAUAUUACUAUGUAUAAUUGUGCAAUACAACUGUUGGUAUAUUGUAUAUACUCUUAGAAAUAUAAGACAUAUCACUGACCAAUGUUUGAGCUUUCAAUAAAUUGAUGCACACAAGCUUUGAGCAAUGGUUGGAUAAUGGCUUCUUGAGCUUCCAUUUUAACACUUUUUGAAAGGCUUUUAUUGUUAAUUUUUUAUGACAUAUAGGGAAGAUAUUAUAUAUGUGUACAUAAUAAAUACUUUACCUUUUUCAUGUUGAACUUACAUUCAUUUUUUUAUUCAGAGGAAAUUUUCAAGUUGGAUCAUUUUAAUAUUUAGCAUAAUAACAAUUAAAAACAAGUAAGAAAUUCUGGAGUUUAUUCUAUCCACACAGGAUGUUUGUCUUUUUUAUUUUUAAUCUACCUGUUUAAUUUGUUGGACACAUUUUUUACAAUAUAUUUUUAUAUUAUCAAAGGUAAAAAAUAGUCUAUACAUUUUUUUAAUUAUUAUUUAUAUAAAAUAAAUGUGUGACACUGUGUACUAUGUAAUUUGUGUAAUCUUAUACACUAAAUGGAUCCCUAUUUUUUAUAUUUCCAUGCUCAUAAUGAGAUGAGUGCCUUGAUAGAUUGUACUACUGGGCUAGCACUCAAUAGUUAUACAGUAUAAUAUACUAUUAAUAUGUGGUUAUGUUUAGUGUGUAACAUUAACUUUUAACAUAUACCUCAAUCAAACAUAAGAAAUUAGUAAAACAAGUGAUUUUUCUCUUUAGUUGGUUGGUUUUGUUAUAAUUAUUACUAAUAGCUAAAAAACCAGUUAAAAACUUAAAUUGACAAUAUAUAUUUAAUAAAGAAUGAAAGCUUUUAUUUUAAAUAAUCAAGGUUUGUUAUUUUAACCCUAGAACUGGCAAUGGUAUCACUCUGUACUGGCGGCUCUAUUUCUACAGCUAUGCAGAUGUUUUUUAUUAUGUAUCCCUUUUCAGUCUAAAUGUAAACAAUUACAUGUCAAUUUAUUCACAACAAUUUAGAGACUACUAUAAUAUCAAUAACCUAUUGUUAGUUUUCAUGUUAAUAAUUUGUUUUGACAGAAUUUAAAAAUAUAUAUUAAAACAAAAUCGUAAAAUAUUUAGUUAUUGAACAAUAAGUUUUACAUCAAAACUUUAAAUAAAUGCAUUAACUUGUUCUAAAAAAUUUUGUGCCAAUUCCAAAAAUAUACAGUCAUCCUAACUUUACGUCAAAACGUAUUUGUUACAUGGCUUUGUAUGAGCGAGCAGUUACUGUUUUUUUUUUUUUUUUUUUUUUUUUUUUUUUUUUUUUUUUUUUUUUUUUUUUGAAAAUAGGUUCUAUCUUUAAAGAAAUAAUAUCUUUCAAAGAAGACAAUAAAUAGGCAUUAAAGUUAAUGCUCUGCCAGAAUGUAUAUAAUAAAAAUCAUUGAUAUUACCUUAAUAUCCUAAAAUUUAAAUAACUGUACAUAUAUACUUUAUUCGUCGUAGCCAAAUCAGACGACCUUUGGCGACGAACAUUUUUUCAUGCCAGCUGUAGGGUUAAAAAAAAAAAAGGAGAAAAGUGAAUAAUAACAGUGUUUUUAUUUCUAAUGAAAACUGUUUUGUUUAGUAUAGUAUCAUCCAUUUGAAACGUAGUAAAACAAAACAAAGUGAUUAAAAUUCUUCACCAUAUUAAUAUUUAUACUAUAGAAAACCAGUAUAUAAAUGUAGGUCAAUGUUGUUAAACCCGAACAAAAUCUACAUCGAUAAGAGUUUUAACUCUGCUAUAAGCUCAGAAUUACAUUUUAAGUAAAACAUGUUAAAAAUGAAAGUAGUUUUAAAAGAAAACUAUUAUUAGUUAUUGACAUAAAAAUAAGAAUUAAAAGCAAGAAAAUUGCAAGAAAUAAAAUUUUAACGUAGCAAAGAAGUGUUCUGUACGUUUCCACAGUGUUUGUCAUCUGAAAAAAUAACAAUUUUAUCUAACAAAACAUUUACACUGAAAGGGUUACCCAGAUUUAUUUACUUAGUUUUCAGACAAUUUGGCAUUUAUUCAACUUUUGGAUAAUAAUCCUUUAGAAACUAUUAGUUAUAUCAUCUCAGGAGCUAUAAAUUCAUUUAGUGACAAAUAACAAGGCCGUUGGUUGUUUAAGGGCAAAUUGUAUUAUUCAGAAUUGGUUCCAAACAGAAUUUUAAUUAAAAGACAUUUUUAAUAUAAAUAAUUAAUGUUUUGAAAUUCAUCAGUUACAACAGGACUUUAGGUUUUGUCAAAAUUAAUUUUUGGCGAUGAAAAAUUUGAAAGGUAUGGUUGCCACGUAACAUUUUGCCACCACCAACAAGCACCGUCAGAUUUAUACACAUGCAUUUUUAUUGUGUUUCUUAAUACCAACAUUACAGAGAUCAGAGUUGAAUGUGUAAAUCUGUAGAAAUAGUAUGAUUUAUCAAUAGUUAAUUUAAAUUGUUUCAAUUUAUGAAAUCUGUGGUAGUAAUAAUAUUCCUGCUAGUUGUUGCUGCUUGUGGAUAGUGAAUGCUGCUCGCACCUUUAUACUAUUUUGUGUAAUUUUGACUGAGCUUUGUUUUCGGGUUGUGCCUUUAUUUGAAACCAAUUGCAACGGAGUCAUUGGUCUAUUCUUGUAACGAUUUUGUAUUUGUAAAUAUUUUUUUAAAACACAACGCUAUGAACUAUUGUAUAAUAAAACAUUAAAAGUA